AUGCAGUUGCCGCGCCACUGCUCGAGUCAAGCGACAGCAGCUAAGACAGAGCUAGACCGAGUCGUUGCAGAUGACAUUCGCAACCCCCAGCUUGCAGCGGAGUGCCUCACUCCAACAAGAAGCCCAAACACGAGAAUUAGAUACAUGGACGAUUUUCUCGCUGUCAAUUAUGCAAUCGAUGAUCAUCGAUGGCGAGUCGUGUGCGACGGGAAUCUCCAAGGUACAGAUGUUCGAAAUAUGCCUUAUACCAUUUUUAAUAUAAAUGAUGAAGAUUGA